AUGGAGGUUUCAAAAAUCGACUACAUUUCCUUCUCAAAGUCAGGAAGUUUCAGUCUGUCUCCAAACUCGCUAUACUAGUCUUCGUGAUAUUUUCCUACUUCGUGGUCACCUCAGGUGUUAUAUACGACAUAAUUAACGAACCUCCUAGCAUAGGUAGUUGCCAAUUUCUUCCCCUGGUCAUCUGAUCAUUCAGGGUCGUCGUACGAUGAAAAAGGUAACCAGAAGCCCGCUGCGAUUCUCGUCGGACGUGUCAACGGACAGUAUAUUAUGGAAGGACUCGCUGCUGCUUUCAUGUUCAUCCUGGGAGGUGAUGUUUUUUUUUAGACAUAAUCGAAUAAAUAGUAUGAAUCUGAAUAAAAAAUAAUUCAGGAGCUGGGCUGAUCGCCUUGGAGAACUGCAAUGACGCCAGCAUCUCGAAGACUCGCCGAGUUUCCCUGAUUGCUUUCGGAUUCUCUUCAGUUCUCAUCGCCUUUUUCGCCACGAGGAUGUUCAUGUCAAUCAAGAUACCGGGAUACACUUCUUGA